GCAAAUCGAAAACUGCAGGGCAUUUAUAGUUAAAANUUGGUUUGAUUUUAGAGUCUAAUUAUAAGGAAAGGAUUAAUUAGCAAACAUAUUAGAAAAAUGGGGGCUAAUUUACAAUAUUGAGAAAUUUUAAUGUUGAUAGAGGAGGAUAAGAGGCGGAAGACGGAUUGGGAUUGGGAAGAAGGGGUUGGAGAACUUCGAUCGGAUCUGAUACAAGAACGGAGCAGGACGACGCAGCAGAGCAACGUAACCGGCGACGACUUUCUUCUUCAACCAGAACUGCCGGCAGUGGGCUCGUAUCUUCGAUCAGCAUCUGGACACAGAGCAGGGCCGGUGGUUGGCCUUAACCGUCGAUCGGCUAGCAUCGAGGCAUGGAAGUCCGAUUCCGACCUCUGUGAUCCCGGACGGAAAUCAGCGGCAGCCAUCAGUCCAGCAGCUCUCCCUACAGUGAACUCCUGUCUCCGACGAGCUACAGUGCGCUUCUCUCUGAUAUUCAACAUGAACCAUGGUUUGGAUCACGACAAACUGAAUGAGAUUAUCUAUAAGGCUAGUGUGGCAAAGUUGGAAACAUCUGUUUCCUUGUAUAGUGACAAGUUGGAGUUGAAAGUGCAUGGUUUUAAUGACAAACUCCCAGAUCUUCUACCAAAAGUUUCGGCAGCAACCAAGUCCUCACCCGAAGAUGACCGCUUUUUGGUUAUAUCAAGGAAGAUAUGGAAAGAACUUUGAAGAACACUAACAUGAAGCCCUUGAAUCAUUCGUCAUACUUGAGACUCCAAGUUUUGUGUCAGCAUUUCUGGGAUGUGGAGGAGAAACAAUGCCUAUUACAUAACUUAUGUAUCGCAGAUCUGAAGGCUUUUCUUCUAGAUCUUCUUUCCCAGGUGUGGAAAUUAAUAAUUCAUUAAAAAGUCAUUUGAUUUUUGUUUAGUUCACUAUAUAGUUUAAAGUUAUGCCACCUAGCAUGGGUGUAAGGUAAAUUUGGUGCAAAAUUUGUAAUUACAUUAUCAUGUGCUUAUAUUUUUUUUGCAUAGGAUUCAAUGGCUAAUCAAUCUAAAAUCGAUGACCUUACAAUUGAUGGUAAUACAACCACUAAGAAAAAUCACGAUGAGGAUCGACAGAACAAAGAUGAUGAAGCUGAGAGCGAUGGACUUCAAGAUGUAGACAGUGAUGAGCAUUAAAGCUUUGGGCUAUAU